UUGUAUGGUAAACAUUGACAUCUGUCUGGGUGGAACACCCUCCAUAAUGGGUGUCUGUGUGGGACACCCUCCAUUACGGCUCCAUCAGUGUUGAGCCCUCUCACUCUGAUUGUAUGGGACACUCAAUUACGGCUCCUUGUGUUUCCAAUCUUCUUCCUCUGGCAGGAUUACUUCCACGUGCAACUGUCAGACGACAAGCAGGUGAGGCACUUCCUGGAGCUGAGCUAUGCUGGUGCCAUCCUUCGGGACAGCUGGGUCCUGACAGACGUUGGCAUCACCCCUAGCAGUGCCAUCUGCUGCCUGCUGAAGCGGGAGCCGGUGGUGCGUGUGUUCAGUGCCGUGACGGGGGAGACCCUCUCAGUCUUGGGCACUGUGUUUCUCCUGAGUACGUCUGUGGCCAGGCUCAUGACCCUGGUGUCCCAGCAGUGUGGGCUUCCCGUCAGCUCCUUCAGACUGAGCUCUCCCACCGGCCUGCAACUCUACGACUGCAACCGGCUGCACGACUACGCCAUUGACCUGGGGGCUACUCUACGGUUGGACACCUGGGAUGGGUGGGCGGAGUUCCUCAGAGGCUGCUUCCUGGGACACAGACUGACCGUCCAACGACACCUGUCUAGGGAGAGACCUGUGAUGAGGUCAGAAUACACAUCUACACACUGAACUGUAUGAUAGACUUACUAUCAACAGUGAU